AUGGCUGAGCUAAAGGAAUCAAGCUUAUUAAUCAAGGAUUUGAAACCAAACAUGAAACGUGUGUGUGUGGUAUUCAUCGUUCUCGAAAUAGGCUCGCCAGUUCGCAUAAAAGAUGGCAACGAAGUUAGAACAGUUAAAGUCGCUGAUCGCACAGGAUGCAUCAACAUGUCCGUCUGGAACGAAAAGGGAAACUUGAUAUCACCUGGUGACAUUAUCCAACUGACCCAAGGAAAUACCACUGUUCGCAACGGUUGCCUCACUUUGAAUGUUGGUCGUUACGGCGAAUUGGUAAAAACGGGCGAAUUUUGUCUUUUAUUUUCUGAACAGCCUGACUGCAGCGCUUAUAAUGAAAACUGGGUUAAACUUUUGGACCAACUCCCAUCCAAAAAAGUACAAUCUGAGUACUCUCCAAAAACUUGA